AUGGCCAAGAAAAGUAAGAAAGAUAAGGAAGCUAAGAAGGCGAGGGCAGAAUUAAAGAAUAAAAAAAAUCUAGAAAAGGCAGAGCUCAAGAAUAAGAAGAAGGUUAAGAAACUGGGUGAUGAUGAAGAUGAUGAUUUAGAUAUUGAUGAGGUUCUAGCGAAUUUUAAAAAAGAGCAGGAAAAGUUUGAAGAGAUUGUCAUUGAAAGAGUUAAUAGGCCAAGCAAACGUAUUAAUCCUUGUAUUAUAGCCAACCCAUUGCAUGGCAAAAGAGAGCUGCUUAUGUUUGGGGGUGAAAACACAAAUUCCAGUACAUCAGUGACCAACUUCUACAAUGAUCUUCAUGUCUACUCACUAGAUAGUGAUCAGUGGAGAAGAAUCACCUCUCAAAACUCACCUAUGCCGCGUUCAUCGGCCGCUAUUGCAGGGCAUUCAAGUGGUAUUGUUUUAAUUCAUGGUGGUGAGUUUUCAUCACCGAAGCAGAAUACCUUUUAUCACUAUUCGGACACAUGGCUAUUAGAUUGUAGCACAAAGGAAUGGACUAAAAUCGAGCAGAAAAAUGGCCCUAGUGCUCGGUCUGGUCACAGAAUUACUGUGUGGAAAAACUUCUUCAUUUUACAUGGUGGUUUUAGAGAUUUGGGUACCUCAACCACAUACCUCAACGACUGUUGGUUAUUUGACAUCACUACUUAUAAAUGGAAACAAGUCGAAUUUCCAUCAAAUCAUCAAGUACCCGAUGCGCGGUCAGGACACUCUUUCAUUCCUACACAAGAAGGGGCAAUUUUGUGGGGAGGAUACUGUAAGGUAAAAGCUGGAAAGGGUUUGCAAAAGGGUAGGAUUUUAACUGACUGCUGGUAUCUGAAAAUGAAGGCCGACCCUAAUUCAAUUAGAUGGGAACGUAGGAAGAAACAAGGGUUUCAACCUUCCCCGAGGGUUGGUUGCUCAAUGGUCCAUCAUAAGGGGCGUGGUAUAUUGUUUGGUGGUGUGUUCGACUUCGAGGAAACAGAAGAAAGUUUGGAAUCCAUAUUUUACAAUGAUCUUUAUUCUUAUCAAGUGGAGACAAAUAGAUGGUUUUCUAUUCAGCUUAGACCUCAAAGGCAUAAAAAGAUUCAGAUGUCAAAAAGUAAUCGGGAUAAAGAUAAAGAGCUUGAGAAUAUAUUAAAUGAUAUACUGUCGAAAGCCAACCUCACAGAUGAUAAUGAUGAGGACACUAAGUUUAUAGGGGAGGAAUUGGAUAAAAUGGAUCUGGAAGAUAAUUCAGACAAUCAAAGCGUGGACAAAACUCAGGAAUAUCCACUAAUAGCACAAUUACCACAUCCGAGAUUUAAUGCUGCUGUCGCUGUUGUUGAUGAUACGCUCUUUAUCUUUGGAGGUGUCUGGGAACUAGGAGAGAAAGACUACUCGAUUAAUUCGUUCUACAGUAUUGAUUUGAAUAAAGCAGAUGGGGUGAAGGUUUAUUGGGAAGACCUUGAAGAUAUUGAUAAGGCAAAAGAGAUCGGAGCAGUGGAUGAUGAAGACGACAUGGACGAUGAAGAAGAUGACGAUGACGAUGAUGAAGAAGAUGAUUCCGAAAAUGAGGCCGGUGAAGCUAUUCUAUUAGAAGAGGAGAGCAUGGAAGAAGAAGCUUCAGACCAUGAACCCGAUGAGGAAGGACCCGAAAUCCCAGAUCCCACUCCAUGGCUUCCUCAUCCCAAACCUUUUGAAUCUCUUCGCGCUUUCUACAUUCGAACGGGUGCCGAUUUCCUGCAGUGGGCAAUCUCAAAUAACAGAGAUGCGCGAGGAAAACACCUUAAAAAGAAAUCGUUCGAUCUUUGUCAAGACCGGUGGUGGGAAAGGCGUGAACAGCUACGUCUCGAGGAAGAUAAACUUGAAGAACUCGGUGGAAUUGGAGAGGUUAUUCAAAAAGAUACUUCAAAGACUACCAAAAGAAGAUAA